AAGGAAAAAAAAAAAGUCUGAGUGAAAAGAAAAGUGCCACGACUCCAGAGAGUUAUCAGCAGAAGCCCGUGCCGGCUCAGUGAGCGAGACAGAAGCGCAGCGCUGCUCCCACUGGGUGACAUUGUGCAGCCGCAUCAGCCAAUCAUCGCUCUACAGUCUCUCAGUUGUGCAGACAUCUAUAGGAAAAACCAAAGAUGGAUUUGUACGAUCCGCAGACCUUGGGCGUCAUGGUGUUUGGUGGCUUUAUGUUGGUUUCUGCUCUUGGAAUCUUUCUUGUGUCAACCUUUUCAAUGAAAGAGACAUCCUAUGAAGAAGCAUUGGCCAAGCAGCGCAAGGAAAGUGAGAAGAACCAGCAGCCCAAAGUUGAUAAGAAAAAGAAAGAAAAGCUCCCCGAGAAAAAAGGGAAAGCUAAAAAGAAGGAUGAAAAGCCCAAUGGAACAAUACCUGAACAUGAACCUAAUCAGGAAUCUACAGACUCAACAAAAGCUGAAUCUGCACGUGAGCUAAUUCUGGAGAAGACACCAGUUCCGGUAGUACCAGUUGUACCUGUGGAAGUACCUAUUGUGCCUGUGGUAGCUCCAGUUCCUAAGAAAUCUGCUUCAGGUUCUGAAAAAGCUGCCUUGGCUCCACAAAAAGCUGCUCCGGCUCCACAAAAAGCUGCUCCGGCUCCACAAAAAGCUGCUCCGGCUCCACAAAAAGCUGCUCCGGCUCCACAAAAAGCUGCCCCGGCUCCACAAAAAGCUGCCCCGGCUCCACAAAAAGCUGCCCCGGCUCCACAAAAAGCUGCCCCGGCUCCACAAAAAGCUGCCCCGGCUCCACAAAAAGCUGCCCCGGCUCCACAAAAAGCUGCCCCGGCUCCACAAAAAGCUGCCCCAGUUUCUGUCAAAUCUGUUCCAGUUUCCGAAAAACCUGCUCCCGUUCCAGAAAAAUCUGCUCCAGUUUCUGAAAAAUCUGCUCCAUCUCCUAAAGACAAAAAGAAAAAGACAGAGAAGAAGGUCCUUAAGGUCGAACCAUCCCCAAUUCCAGCUGUGGCUUUUACCCAGGCUGUGCCCUCUAAGCACGUGCCAGUGUUGGCUGCACCUACCAAAGAAGUGCCUGUCAUUGCCGUAUCUCCUGUCGGAUCCCAGCCUUUAUCCUCCACUCAACCUCCUAAGAAAGCUGAAGCCACCGUAAACCAGGAAGACUCCAAACAGGAAGCAGUUCCAAAGAAAAAGAGCGCACCUAAGAAAAAAACUGAACCAAGUGCAGAGGAAUGUGAAGGUGCUGUUUAUAUUCCAUACAAGACCCUGGUUCCUACCAUCCAAGCAAUGUGCUUUAGCAAAGGAGAAGCUCAGAAGCUGAUUGAAAUACUGGCCGAUAAAUAUGGCAUCAUGCAGGAUACCUGGCAAACGGCAACUCAAAAAGGAGAUCCAAUGACUGCUCUUAAACGGGUGGUGGAGGAGAAGGAAAAGUUACUGUUGGCCCAGCAUGAAAAGACCAACUCUUAUAAGGAAAAGUUUGUGGAAAUCAACAAGGAAUUGCAGAGUGAGAAGUCCAAGAGUGUUAAAGAGCAGUCCAAGUUUAAGGAGCAGCUGGUGACACGGGAACAGGAAAACCAUGCAUUGCAAGCCCGCAUGCAGGCCAGCUAUCAGGACCAUGUAAAUGAGACUCAGCAGCUGCAAGCCAAGGUUCGGUCCCUGCAAGAGGAAAUCGAGAAUGGCCCCAAGGCACAGCUUACUCGCCUCCAGCAGGAGAAUUCUAUCCUUAGAGAUGCCUUAAACCAGGCCACAAGCCAAACCGAGAGCAAACAAAAUGCAGAAUUGGCUAAACUACGCCAAGAGUGCAGCAAGCUCUCUAAGGAACUUACUGAGAAGUCUGAGUCCUUGCAGCAAGAGGAACAACGUAGGAAGUCCCUUGAUGGUAAAAUAUCAUCCUAUGAGAAGCAAAUCACUCAGCUGCAGACAUUACAGCAGGAGGGUGAUGCCACAUUACAAAAGAGAUUAGAUGAAGUGAAUGAAGAACUGCGCAAGUCUCAGAACAGUUACCAGAACCUACUGGCAGACACAGAAAAGGCCAAGGCAGAACAGAAGAACCAUGCAGAUCUUCAAACCAAACUGCAGUCCUAUGAAGCAGAAGGCAAGCAGAAAUCAGAAAAGCUGGAUGAUUUGAACAAACAGCUUCAGGAGACUACAGGAGAAAAUGCCCAGCUGAUGGAUAGGAUAAAAUCUAUAGAGGCACUUUUGGAAGCAGGACAUAAUAAAGAUGCUGAUAACGAAAAGCAGCAGCAGCAGGAAGCAAAAGAAGGUGAAAUUGCACUAGCACAACUACAGGCCAGGCUUCAAGAAAAAGAUUCACAGAUUGCAUCUUUAGAAAAGGAAGCUGCUGAAUUAAAAGAAGCGGUUGAGCAACAGAAAAAUAAAAAUAAUGAUUUACGGGAAAAGAACUGGCAAGCCAUGGAAGCACUGGGCCUGGCGGAAAAGACCUGUGAGGAGAAGCUUAACUCGGAAAAGAAGGCAAAGGAAGAGAUGAUACAACAACUCAAUGCAGUACAGACACAGACUAAAGAAACACUGCAGUCACUACUUCCACAGACCACUAUAGUCUCCCAACAGUCAUACAGUGAAUGGUUACAGGAGUUCCGACAGAGUACGUCAGAAUUACUCAGCCAGCAGACCGAGAAAGACAGUUCUUCGGAAUUACAGUUUAAAUUAAAAGAAGCAGAAGAUGCACAGAGCGCCUUACAGGCUGAAUGUGAGCAGUACAGAACCAUUCUUGGAGAAACCGAAGCAAUGCUUAAAGCUCUUCAAAAGAGCGUUGAAGAAGAGGAGCAAGUAUGGAAGGCAAAAUUAACAGCAUCGGAGGAAGAUCUCAAAAAGUCACAUUCUCAGGUCAAAACACUAGAAGAAACUGUGGAAAAAUUAAGGUCAGAUAUUCAAAGCACAGAACAGCUAAAAGAGUGUAUAUCUUUGAUGGAGGCUCAGCUGGAGAGCCAGAUGAAUGCAAAAAGCACAGAAUGCCAGACUUAUUCAAAAGAAAUAGAGAGUUUGCAGCAACUUUUAUCAGAAUCUCAGGAACACCUAGAUGCGACUAAAGCAGAAGCAAGGAAGCAAAGUAUAGAACUGUCUCUGCUCCGGCAACAGCUCGGUGAAAUUCAAAAUCAUGUAAAUGAUACGGAAAAACAUGGUUCACAGAACAUGGAAGUACCAAAGGCAAAUUGUGAAGAUCAGAGCACUUUAGCAGAAAUGCAAGAGCAGAAAUCAGUGCACAGUUUGCAGGAAGAACUGGAAAAGUUAAAAUCAACAGAAGAGCCAUCUUCUGGCACAGACGAAGUGCAACAGAUCAAGGAAAGACUUGAAAAGGAAAAAAAACUAACACGGGACUUAGGUCAAGCAUCUACCAAACUGUUACAGCUUUUGAAGGCCUCUCAGGAAGAACUAGCUAAGGAAAAAGAACAUAAUAAAGGCCUGAAAAAACAACUUCACCAGACGGGAGAAGAAAAUGACUCUAACAAUGGGACAUCAGUUUGACACAUGAAUUUUUCUUUUCUUUUUUUUUUUUUUACCCAAAUGCCUUAAACAUUCCUUCCUUGAAAUUAAAAUAGUAAUAACCUUCUAGUGAGCCAAAACACUUCAGAAGUAACGUUAUAUACCUUUUUUUUUAUAUGAACAAAAUACAUGACAUGUUGAAUUAAAAAAACAGACCAAAAGAGCACAAGAAUGUGUGUGUGUGAGCCAAUUCCACAAACCCACUCCUCUACCCUAUGGAGAGCAGGGAACGUGGGCGUUGUGCAAAGGGAACGACUCUAUGCUGUGUACAGGAAACAGUGCAAUCUCUUUAUUGUUUGUCUUUUGAGUGAUGAUGGAUGAACGGAAGCCAAGAAGUGAUUAUGAAGAUGCCUAAUGUAUUGGAACUGGUCUCCAGUAUAAAACCAUGUGAAUUGUUUGAUUCCUAAAUGCCAUUAAAAUGAAGAUGUGUCCAAAUGGAA